AAUUUGACUGUGAAUUACGCAUUUUGUUUAUAGUCAAAUUUUUUAUUUGUUUCUACUUAUAUAAGUCGAAGUACAGUAAAUAGUUAAUGGCGUCUCCGGCCACUUCUUCCGCUAUCCUCGUCGUCGUCCUGGUGGCGAGCCUCGCCGCCGGCGGCGCCAACGCGGCGACAUUCACCAUCACCAACCGGUGCUCGUUCACGGUGUGGCCGGCGGCGACGCCGGUGGGCGGCGGCAGGCAGCUGAGCCCGGGUGAUACGUGGACCAUCAACGUACCCGCCGGGACAAGCUCCGGCAGGGUGUGGGGCCGCACGGGCUGCAGCUUCGACGGCUCCGGCCGUGGCAGCUGCGCCACCGGCGACUGCGGCGGCGCGCUACAGUGCACGCUCUCCGGGCAGCCGCCGCUGACGCUGGCGGAGUUCACCAUCGGCGGCAGCCAGGACUUCUACGACCUGUCGGUGAUCGACGGCUACAACUUGCCCAUGAGCUUCUCCUGCAGCUCCGGCGUGACGGUCACCUGCAGGGACAGCCGCUGCCCCGAUGCUUACCUCUUCCCCGAAGACAACACCAAGACACACGCCUGCGGCGGCAACAGCAACUACCAAGUCGUCUUCUGCCCAUAAGUUGAUGAUCUCAUGCAUGU